AUGAAGUAUACUGAAAAGGACAAAGUACAGAUGGACUUAACUGGUGGAACAUGCCUGAGCUUCUUGGUGGUCGGAGAUUGGGGAAGAAAAGGUCUCUAUAACCAAUCUCAAGUUGCUCUUCUCUAACUAAAAUUAUUUACCAUUGAGAUAUUUGAUGUAUAAUCAGUUAAUGAUUAGAAACUAAACUAUUCUAACUAUGAUGUUAAUUUAAUUAAAAAUAUAUAUUAUAAGAUAUUACAUUUUCUGUUGUUGGCAGAAAUGGCAGAAAUUUUCUUUGUGGACACUACUCCAUUUGUAUCCAACUACUUCAUUGACCCAAAAGAUCAUGUCUAUGACUGGAAAGGCAUUUCACCUAGACUCCAUUACAUUAACAAUCUUUUACUGGAAUUGGAAUCGGGUUUUAGAGAAUCCACAGCAAAAUGGAAGAUAGUAGUGGGUCACCAUACAAUCAAAAGUGCUGGGCACCAUGGCAACGCUCAUGAGCUAGCCAUUCAUCUUCUUCCUAUCCUUCAGGCAUACCAUGUUGACCUUUAUAUUAACGGCCAUGAUCAUUGCUUACAGCAUAUUAGCAGCACUGACAGCUCGAUUCAAUUCUUAACAAGUGGAGGUGGAUCAAAGGCAUGAAGGGGUGAUGUUAAUAACAGGUGGAAUCCACAAGAAAUGAAAUUCUAUUACGAUGGACAAGGUUUCAUGUCAGUUGAAAUGACUGAGACCGAUGUUGAUAGCAAAUUCUAUGAUGUUUUUGGCAAUGCAAUCUAUAAAUGGAGCACUUCCAAGCUAAUUUCUUCUGCUAUGUAA